GCGACGAGGGGCUUCGUGUGACGUCAUCAGCCUGCCGCGAAGUCUCGCGGCUGGACACCAAGACAGACCACGUGGUCAGCAUGACGGAGUCUAAAGAGGUUCAGGACAUCUUAGCUCAGAACCCGGAGCUCCAAGUGGUGACGGGGGAAGGGGGGAGAGUACGGGUGCUGUGCUCCCUGACGAGCCACGAGAUGCCCCCGCGGGCCGAGGAGUUGUCUCGUCACGUGAGGAGCCGCUCGUUUGUACGCCGUCGUGCGGCUCGGGGGGACAGGGACAGGGACAGGGAGGAGGGCGGACACCUGGACGACGCGGGGCGGAAGCGGCUUUUCUGCCACCUGACGCAGAGAUUCAUCAAUCAGGAUCAGAUCAGCCAGCACAAGGCGGGGAGACGUUACCGCAUCGCCCUGCAGAGAUACUGUGCGAGUGUUGAGAGCGGAGUCCCCUUCACUCCGCUCGCUCGGAGGGCUCGGGGGCGUGGCCGCGGCAGAGGGGGGCGUGGCCGUGGCGGAGGGGGCGUGGCCGCAGUCGAAGAGGUGGAGCCAGAGGAGGAAGAGGAGGAGCUAAAGGAGGAGGAGCUACAGGCAGACAGCGAUAGCGAUCUCUAUCCCCCCGAGGUGUUUGGAGUGAGGAGCUCCUCAGCUGGUGAGGAGGUGGAGUCACAUGGCCAGCGGGCAGGGCCCGUGAAGAGAUCAAAGCAGAGAGGAGGAGCCCGACAAGCGAGACAGAAGAAGCACAAGUCUCUGUGAUUCUGUCUUCACACAGAGAGACACACACACAGACACACACAGACAGACACACACAUACAGUGACACACACACAGACACACACAGACACACACACACACACAGACACACACACAGACACACACACAGAGACACACAGACACACACACACAGACAGACAUACACACAGACACACACUCUCUAACUCGCACUGUGUAAUAAACUUGUUAAAUUUG